GAAAUCAGCUUGGCAGGCUGUGUUGCCCAGAUGUUCUUUGCUCACAACUUCACCACUAUGGAGUCAGCAGUGCUUUUGGCCAUGGCCUUUGAUCGUUAUGUGGCCAUCUGCCACCCUUUCAAGUAUACCACCAUCCUGACCAAUAAGACCAUUGGGGCAAUUGCAGGGGCCAUCAUACUAAAGUCCCUGACUUUCAUGCUUCCUUUGAUUUAUCUUGUCUUGAGGCUACCAUUCUGUGAUUCCCAUUUCAUUCCUCACACCUAUUGUGAACACAUGGGCAUUGCCAAAUUGGCCUGUUCCAGCAUCAAAAUCAACAUUAUCUAUGGCUUGGUUGUCAUUUGUAUAGUAUUUGUCGAUGUGAUUCUAAUUGGGGUUUCCUACAUCAGGAUCCUCCAGGCUGUCUUUCAUCUCCCAUCCCAAGAUGCUCGGCUGAAGGCCAUGAACACUUGUGGCUCCCACAUCUGUGUUAUGUUGGCUUUCUACACCCCAGCUCUAUUUUCCUUCCUCACCCACAGGUUUGGCAAGAAUGUACCUCACUACAUUCACAUCCUCUUGGCCAGCCUAUAUGUUGUGGUCCCACCUGCCCUCAACCCUAUUAUCUAUGGUGUCAGAACCAAGCAGAUUAGGGAUCGUGUCCUCCAAAUCUUCAUCAAAAAAUAA